AUGCCACCAAAGAAAUAUACUGAUUUAAACGAUUUCUUGGAUGACCAACCUAAGGAUCCAGGCUACGUGCCUUCUCCUUUUGGCGGAUAUUUCAAGAAUACCAACAAUAACUAUCAACAACAGCGUUCUUUAAACCAACAAAAGGGUUACAGACAACAGCAACGUGACUGGAAUCAACCUUCCAACGGACAAAAUGCAUACAACCAAGGAUCUUACAAUUACAAUCAAGGUAGCCAGAACUAUAAUCAAAACUACUCGAAUAACCAAAAUCAAGGGUCUUAUGGGUACCAGCAAUCAGCUGUCACGCCAACUCAGAGCAAUACCCCAACGCCGUCUUCUUCUACUACUUCAUUGACGUCUUUAAACCAGAACAUGGCAGACCUGAAUUUUACUCCAGUUUCCGCUUAUCUAAGCCAAAUUCCACAGUGUGCAAAGAUUGCCGAUUGCAAAAAAUCAAUCGAUCUUAUCAUCGAGGAGUUUGCGAAGGCUAGAUAUUCUGGUAAAAAUAUCUCUGAAUGGUCCAUUCUCGAUGUCUUAACGAAAUUCACCAAGCCAAAAAGCCCUCCUUUGGUCAGAGAAUCCGCAAUGUUAUUAAUCUCGAAACUAGCUCAGGCUGUUAGCGAUAAACAUCCUCAAGAGGCUUACCUAUUGCCCCUUCUUGACCAAGCGCUUGACUCUGCGGCUGACAAAGAAAACACUGUAAAGCGUGCUGCUCAACAUGCCGUCGAUUCGCUAAUAAACGCUUAUCCUGUGGAAUCUCUCACUAGUUUUGUUUUGCCAAAUGUGCUAAAGUAUCUUGCAUCUGGUGCUAAAUGGCAGUCAAAACUGGCUGCUUUGGCUGUUGUGGAUAGAAUUAGAGAAGAUGCUCCAAACGAUCUUCUGGAGUUGACUUUCAAGGAUGCUGUUCCAGUUUUGACUGAUGUUGCCACUGAUUUCAAGCCAGAACUCGCAAAACAAGGACACCAAACAUUACUUGACUUUGUCUCUAUCUUGGAUAACCUUGAUUUAUCUCCACGUUACAACUUGAUCGUUGACACUUUGCAAAACCCUGCCAAGGUUCCACAAUCUGUCAAAGCUCUUUCUGGUGUUACUUUUGUUGCUGAAGUUACUGAGCCCGCAUUGUCAUUACUUGUGCCGAUCUUGAACAGAUCUUUGAAUCUAUCUUCCUCAUCACAAGAACAGUUGAGACAGACCGUUAUUGUCGUUGAAAACUUGACCAGAUUAGUCAAUAAUCGUAUUGAAAUUGAAAGUUUCAUCCCAUUACUACUUCCAGGGAUUCAAAAAGUCGUCGAUACGGCAUCUCUGCCAGAGGUUCGUGAGUUAGCUGAAAAGGCGCUUACUGUUUUAAAGGAAGAUGAGGAUGCUAAGGACACCUUCCCUGGUAGAUUGACAACUGCUCAAGGAAAAGAGUUUUUGCAGAAGCACAUUGCCAAUUUAACUGAUGACCCUGCAAAAUCAUCAAUUGAGGAUGAUAAAGUUAUUGAUUACAUCAGUACACUGUUAACCGUUGACGCCAAUGUCAACGACUGGAAGAGACUUGAAGAAUACUUAACCACCGUUCUAGGUGAAUCGAACAGAGAAUUCAUUCAAAAGGAAUUUGUCGAUAACCUGAGGGCAAUUUUCCAUCAAGAGAAGGCUGCUCAUGACGAGAGUGAAGGUGUCGAAAUUGUCAACACAGACUUUUCUCUAGCCUACGGUUCGAGAAUGCUACUAAACAAGACAACUUUACGUCUAUUGAAAGGUCACAGAUACGGUUUAUGUGGUAGAAAUGGUGCUGGUAAGUCGACUCUGAUGAGAUCGAUUGCAAACGGUCAACUAGAAGGUUUCCCUGACAAAAACACUUUGCGGACCUGUUUCGUUGAACACAAAUUGCAAGGCGAAGAAGGUGAUCUUGACUUAGUUUCUUUCAUAGCCUUAGAUGAAGAACUUCAGGCUACUUCCCGUGACGAGAUUGCAGAAGCCCUAGAAUCCGUUGGUUUCGACGAGUCUAGAAGAGUUCAAACCGUUGGAUCGCUUUCAGGUGGUUGGAAGAUGAAACUUGAAUUGGCCAGAGCCAUGCUACAGAAAGCAGAUAUCUUGUUGCUGGACGAACCUACCAAUCAUUUAGAUGUUUCUAACGUUAAGUGGUUGGAAGAAUAUUUGCUCGAACACACGAACAUUACUUCUUUGAUUGUCUCGCACGACUCUGGAUUUUUGGAUGAGGUUUGUACCGACAUUAUUCACUACGAGAACAGAAAGCUCAAAUACUACAAAGGUAACUUGGCCAAAUUUGUGGAGCAAAAACCCGAAGCCAAGGCAUAUUAUACUUUGUCUGAUUCUAAUGCGCAAAUGCGCUUCCCUCCACCUGGUAUCUUGACGGGUGUCAAAUCAAACACUAGAGCCGUGGCGAAAGUGAGCAACGUUACCUUCACAUAUCCUGGGGCAAGUAAACCACAGUUAAGUAAUGCAACGUGUGCCCUUUCCCUAUCUUCACGUGUUGCCGUCUUAGGUCCCAACGGUGCUGGUAAAUCGACAUUGAUCAAACUUUUGACAGGCGAAUUAGUUCCUCAAGAAGGUGAAGUUCAGAAACAUCCAAACUUGCGUAUUGGCUAUAUUGCACAACAUGCUUUGCAACAUGUCAAUGAGCAUAAGGAAAAGACUGCUAAUCAAUAUCUACAGUGGCGUUAUCAAUUCGGUGACGAUCGUGAAGUCUUAUUGAAGGAAUCUAGAAAGAUCUCCGAAGAUGAAAAAGAAAUGAUGCAAAAAGAGAUUGAUAUCGGUGAUGGGAGAGGUAAGAGAGCUAUUGAGGCCAUUGUUGGUAGAUCGAAGCUGAAGAGAUCUUUCCAGUAUGAGAUUAAGUGGAAGUGGUGGAAACCAAAGUACAAUUCUUGGGUUCCUAAGGACGUUUUGAUUGAUGAAGGAUUCGAGAAGCUCGUUCAAAAGUUUGAUGAUCACGAAGCUUCGAGAGAAGGUCUUGGCUACCGUCAAUUAAUCCCAUCUGUUAUCUCCAAACAUUUUGAAGAUGUUGGUCUUGAUUCGGAAAUUGCUAACCAUACUCCAUUGGGUUCCCUAUCUGGUGGUCAAUUGGUCAAGGUCGUCAUUGCUGGUGCAAUGUGGAACAACCCACAUUUGCUGGUCCUGGAUGAACCUACCAAUUAUUUGGAUAGAGAUUCUUUGGGUGCUCUUGCUGUCGCCAUUAGAGACUGGAGCGGUGGUGUUGUCAUGAUUUCGCAUAACAACGAAUUUGUCGGUGCUCUAUGUCCAGAACAAUGGAUUGUUGAAAAUGGUGUGUUGACUCAAAAGGGUGUCCAAGACGUGGAUCAAUCGAGAUUUGAAGACGGUGGUAACGCCCAUGCUGUAGGUUUGGCACAGAAGGCUGCUUCACCAUCAGUCGACAACGACGAUUCUCCUGCCAAUAUCAAGGUUAAGAAGAGAGUUAAGAGAUUGACAAGAAAUGAGAAGAAAGCACAAGCGGAGCGCCGCCGUUUGCGUUAUAUCGCAUGGUUGUCAUCUCCAAAGGGAACUCCAAAGCCCGUGGAUACUGACGACGAAGAGGAAGACUAA